AUGAAUUAACUCAUAUUUUCGUUAUUGAUUGUCACAACUCUCUGUGGCUAAGAGUAAGGUAGUUUCCUUUAAGAAAAACAAGAUAACAAAAUAUUCACCAUAAAAUUAAAGGAAACUCAUAAAACUGUUACAGCAAAAGAAAUGUAUGAUUUUCUAUCAACUAAACAAACAUAUUUUCGCUAACAGACUCCAAUUGAUAUUUAGGAAAUAGAAUUUGGUGGGUAUGUUCCAAAACCACAAUAAAAGGAGUAAAAAAAGGAAACAUCUCUAAAAUUACACAAUUUUAAGAAUACUUAAUUUACUGGACCCAUAACAGUAGGCGAUCAAGAAUUCUAAGUGAUCUUUGAUACUGGUUCUGCAAAUUUUUGGAUAGACUCUGCCAAAUGCAAGAAUGAAGGAUGCAAACAACAUACACAAUAUAAACCAAGUCUCAGAUCGAAACAUUUGGGAUAUGCUUUGAAUGUCCAAUUUGGUACUGGGGAUUUAAAUGGAGAAAUUAAUUCUGAUGUUGUGAAAUUGGGUGAAAUAGAGGUUGAGGACUAAAAUAUUGCAGAAAUAAUAGAGGAGAAUGGUUCAGUUUUUUAAAAUUCAGGAUUCGAUGGUAUAGUGGGAUUAGCUUAUCCAAGUAUGGCAGCCUAUAAUUUUAAUCCAUUGUUUGACAAUAUCAUCCAGGAGAAGAAAUUGAAAUCUAAUCAAUUCUCAUUUUAUAUGAGUAACUAAGUCAAUAGCUAUGAAUCCUAAAUUACCUUUGGAGGUUAUGAUGUCACAAAACUUGAUGGUCCAGUUCAUUAUCAUCCAGUUAUUGAUAAAUACUAUUGGAUGAUAAAGGCUGAGAAUAUAUUAGUGAAUGGAAAAGAUGAGGGAUUCUGUCCUAAGGGUUGUAAAUUGGUAGCUGACACUGGUACUUCCCUCAUUACAGGUCCUUUUGAGGAUUUGAUGAAACUAUUAGAUUUAACCAAUAUCAAUGAUGAUUGCUCUAACUUAAAUUAGUUGCCUAAAUUAACAUUUAAGAUUGAUGGAGUUGAAUACGAUCUAGAAUCUAAAGACUACAUUAUGGAAUUAAAGGAUGAUGGUACAGAAAUACCUUUAAACAAUGAUGUAUCAGCAUCAGCAUUCCUUUAAGGGACUUCAAGACAAUGUAUUGGAGCCUUUAUGCCAUUGGACAUUCCAGAUCCUCAAGGACCUGCUUGGAUUUUGGGUGAUAUUUUCUUAACAAAAUAUUUAAGUAUUUAUGAUAGGGAUACAAAUAUGGUUGGAUUUGGAAAGGCCAAACAUUGAUUUAAUCAAUUUAUAUACAAAAUAUCAUAAACUCAAAAU